AUGAAUAAUCAGCCGCAGGGUACCAACAGCGUUCCAAAUAGUAUUGGAAAUAUAUUUAGCAACAUUGGAACUCCAUCUUUUAACAUGGCGCAAAUUCCGCAACAGCUGUAUCAGAGCCUCACACCACAACAAUUGCAGAUGAUUCAGCAACGACACCAACAGUUACUGAGGAGUCGUCUACAACAACAACAACAACAACAACAACAAACUUCACCGCCACCGCAAACGCAUCAAUCUCCACCCCCUCCUCCGCAACAAUCUCAACCCAUUGCUAAUCAAUCAGCGACUUCUACCCCUCCUCCUCCUCCAGCACCACACAACUUACAUCCCCAAAUUGGUCAAGUGCCCUUAGCUCCAGCGCCUAUUAAUUUGCCUCCACAAAUUGCUCAGUUACCUUUGGCUACACAGCAACAAGUUUUGAACAAGUUGAGGCAGCAGGCCAUAGCAAAAAAUAAUCCACAGGUUGUGAAUGCAAUUACUGUUGCACAACAACAAGUGCAACGCCAAAUUGAGCAGCAAAAGGGACAGCAAACGGCACAAACUCAGCUAGAACAGCAGAGGCAAUUGCUGGUUCAGCAGCAACAGCAGCAGCAACUUAGAAACCAAAUACAGCGACAACAGCAACAACAGUUUAGGCAUCAUGUGCAAAUACAACAGCAGCAACAAAAGCAACAACAACAGCAGCAGCAGCAUCAGCAACAACAACAACAACAACAGCAACAGCAGCAACAGCAACAGCAACAGCAGCAGCAACAACAACAGCAACAACAACAACAACAGCAGCAGCAGCAGCAGCAGCAGCAAGGACAAAUACCGCAAUCUCAGCAAGUUCCUCAAGUUAGAUCCAUGAGUGGACAACCUCCCACCAAUGUUCAGCCAACUAUUGGCCAACUUCCUCAACUUCCAAAAUUAAACUUACCCAAGUACCAAACUAUUCAAUACGAUCCACCAGAAACCAAGCUACCAUAUCCAACCUAUUGGUCAGACAAAAAAGCAGAUACGGAUACUUUGUUGUACGAACAAAUUAUCCAGCGUGAUAAAAUUAACAAAUAUUCGCUAAUAAGAGAAACCAAUGGUUACGAUCCGUUUAGCAUUUAUGGAUUUAGUAAUAAAGAGUAUAUUAGUAGACUGUGGCAUACACUGAAGUAUUAUCAAGAUUUGAAGAACACUAGAAUGAAAUCUAUCACAAGCACUUCUCAGAAGAUUCCUUCGGCAAGUAUUUGGGGAAAUGGUUACUCAGGGUAUGGUAAUGGGAUUACGAAUACAACUACCAGAGUUAUUCCACAAGUAGAAGUUGGAAAUAGGAAGCAUUACCUAGAGGAUAAAUUAAAAGUCUAUAAACAGGCCAUGAAUGAGACAUCGGAACAGUUAGUUCCCAUAAGAUUGGAGUUCGAUCAAGAUCGUGACAGAUUCUUCCUCAGGGACACUUUGUUAUGGAACAAAAAUGACAAGCUUAUUAAAAUUGAAGACUUUGUGGACGACAUGUUGCGAGAUUACCGAUUUGAGGACGCUACGAGAGAGCAACACAUUGAUACUAUUUGUCAAUCUAUACAAGAGCAGAUUCAGGAGUUUCAAGGAAAUCCAUAUAUAGAGUUGAAUCAGGACCGUCUAGGCGGUGAUGACUUGAGAAUUAGAAUCAAGCUGGAUAUUGUCGUGGGACAAAACCAGUUAAUCGAUCAAUUUGAGUGGGACAUCUCUAAUAGUGAUAACUGUCCAGAAGAGUUUGCAGAGUCCAUGUGUCAAGAAUUAGAACUACCAGGUGAGUUUGUGACUGCCAUUGCUCACUCCAUAAGAGAGCAAGUUCAUAUGUAUCAUAAAUCACUGGCACUGUUAGGUUACAAUUUUGAUGGAUCAGCGAUAGAAGAUGAUGACAUUAGAAGCAGAAUGCUCCCAACGAUUACUCUUGAUGAUGUUUAUAGGCCUGCAGCGGAAAGCAAAAUUUUUACUCCAAACCUAUUACAGAUUUCAGCUGCAGAGUUAGAGAGAUUGGAUAAAGAUAAGGACAGAGACACAAGAAGGAAAAGAAGACAAGGUAGAUCUAAUAGACGUGGUAUGCUCGCAUUGUCCGGCACAUCUGCAAGUAAUACAUCUAUGAACGGCGUUCACAACACAGUAGCAGCAGGAAAUGCUUCAUCGUUGCCACCAGGAGAGAUUUUACUGCCAGAUAUUGCAGAUAUUCCAAGAACUUUCAGGACUCCAGUACCUAGCACUUUAAUGCCUGGUGGUGUUGACGUAGGCCCUUCUGUGGAAUCGUACGAAUUGAGAAACACAACCACUUAUAAAAGCAGGCCAGAUAGACCUAAGCCAGUUUCACCUCCUUGUUAUAUUAUUGACCAUAUUCCGGGUCAUUCGCUACUACUUUCUAUUAAACUGCCUGGGAAAGUUAAUACAAAAGAAGAGUUCGCAGCAGCGCCCAAUGACACAAGUAGUGGCACCAAUGCAAUGCUUCCGAGUCCAGAAUCGCUGAAAACUAAGCUGAAUAGUAACAUUCGCGCUGGUGUGACGAUACCUUCAAUCCCAAACCCGAUUGCCAAUCACACUGUUACUAAUUCACCCAAUCCCACACUGCAGCCAGUAAUCCCAGGUGGGGCAGCUAGUAAAUCGGUACCUACACCUAGUCUUCCUAUAGCACCUCCAGUAGCACCACAUGAUAGCGAAGCGACAUUGUUGACUAAUAGCAAUAAUGGUAGCAGUAACAAUAACACACAGAAUACAUAG